CUCAACACUAGCGUUAUGUCCUCCUGUGUUGUGGAGAUGUCUAAGCCGAGGAAACUAACAUAGCUUCCAUCAAACAACAAAUUCAAAACAUUCUGUGAACGGAAUAAAAGGCACAGGACAUGGACAUCUUAAAUAGGGCAGUGGGUGAAUUGAGGUCAAGUCCUGAGGGUGGGACUGCGGAGAGUGACCCAAAGCCCAGGGUCCCGUCUGAGGAAUACCCCAAGUCCUCUCCUGCGGCCGGUGCGUCAGAGAACUACACCCAUGUUGACACAUUUGGUAAGGGCACACAAUUCAGCACCCCUAAAGAUGCAGCGCCUCACCCGGGGGACCUAAAAGAAGCAACAAGUGCACCACACUUCCCAGACACAUUUAAGCUGAAGUGCAGUCCUUCCACUGAGCCGGUUGCUGCCAAGGGCACAACACCUGUACCCACAAACAAAGAGCACGAUGGCAGCACCUCGCCCGCCAAAGGGAAGUCUCCAGAUCCCAAGGCUGCUGUUGGCAUUAAGAAAGAUGCAAAGGCUGCUGGCGUCACCACAGGCGCAAAGAGGAAUAUUCCUGCCAAAAGGAAUCGAAUGGACCCGCUGAAGCUGGACAUGACAAAACCCACAGUUAUGCCUCUCACUUCCUCCCAACUCUCUCUGCAGUGUCUUGAGUGCCACAUCAUUUUCAGCGAUGACAAGAGCAAGCAGCGGCACCUCAAGAUGAGCCACCCAGCGGAGUAUGAGCAGUGCAUGCUGGGAGAUUCUCUGUUCGCCUGCUACGUCUGCGACCGGCAUUUCGCCAACUCCACCGAGCUCAUGGCACACCAGCGAACUCACACAGAAAAGCGGCCUUUCAAAUGCCUCCUCUGUGGGGAGGCGUUCAAGAGAUCAUCGGAACUCACCACGCACAAGAAGAUCCACUGUAGCAGCCAGGGGUACAAAUGCUCAGACUGUGGCAAAACCUGCAAGACCUUGACUCUGCUCAAAUAUCACAGCCGCACACACACUGGGGAGAAGCCAUACGUGUGUAAAGAGUGCGGCAAGAGGUUCAGCAUGCCCAAAGCACUGCAAAGACAUAUAGAGACCCACACACAGGACGAAGGGGAAGAAAACGGUGAUGGGACAAAUGCUCCUACAAAAUUAAAGAAACAGAAGAGCAACGGUCCAUCAGAAAGGAAAUACUCAUGUCCACAGUGCAAAGCCAUGUUUAAGACGGAGAAGACACAACUUCACCACAUUAAGUUCAAACAUUCGCAGAACAAAAAUAUGCCUCCUGGCCGUGCUCUGGUCAAACAGCAUCAACUCAAUCAAGGACCACCGCCACCUUUACUGACCCAUGGAACAAUAAGUCAAACACCAAUCCUUCGGCUACACUCUAGUGGACAGACACCACAAUGUAUUGAGCCGGAGCAAAUUAAGAGACUCAUAGAGUCACUUGGAAACGUUCAAAAGGUGAAUCAGCUAGUCAUAUAUGGAUUGGAGCCAGUGUCAUUUCAGUCACAGACUAUGAAUCUGCAGCCAUUGCCGGGUGUUGUUCAGCCAAUCAGAUUCGACAUGACGCAGAUUCCUUCUGUGGAGUUAAAGCUGGUGACUGAAGAUUCAGAUCAAGCCAAACAACACAUUGAAUCCACAGGACCAGAACUGAAUGGGGGACAAGGUGAGACCAAUGCUCAUUCAUCCGUAGAGAAAAUAACUCAGUCAGAUGGACUAAUGCAAGACCACACAGGACCUGUUGAAUCAGAGACCAGUCAGUCUCAAACAGUGGAGUUAGAGCAAAUAUCUGAAAGUACAGACAAAGCAGGUGAAACUGCUUGCUCAGUUGAAACGAUAGUGAGUGGACCCAUUUCGUUCAACCAUACAGUUGAGACUGAACAAGAUGGUGGACAAAUACAGUUGCUUGAAUUGCAUCAGUCAUCCUCCCUGAUUCCAACCACUGAGCUUGAAAAUGAAAACAGACAUAUGGUGUCCCUCCAGGAAGAAGUAGUAAAAAUGCAAUAUAUGACCCCAGGUGACACCCUGUCACUUGUAGCCACAGAAGGUUUACAGCAGACAGAGGAACAAGUUGUUACUUUGACACCAGUGGAAACACAGAUUGUCACUUUGGCAUCAACUGAAAGACCUGAAGACUCAAAGAAUUAUGCUGGAAAUGCUUGUGAGCAGGAUGUUGGACAGCCACAUCUGAAAUCUUCUGAUGAACUUAAGGGUGGCAUGGAACAAACAGAGGGGAAUGCACAUGAGUUUAGUUCAGAGAUACACUUGAGUGAGGAGAUAUCAGUUCAUACUCAGCCAUCUAUACACGACUCAGACAUAGCUGAGACACACACUCAACCAUCUAGAUAUGAAUCGGACACCGCUGAAAUUAUUACAGUCAAGCAGAAACCUCGAAGUCGAGUGACCACAAAGUUGCCUGAACCAAAGAAGCUCAAGAAGGGGAGACCUGCAAAGAAAACAAGCAAGAAAGCUAAAUCUAAGAGGCAAAUUUCAGAUAACCCUUUGAAACAACAAACUGGCCAUAAUGGUGCAGUUGUCAUCACACAGCAGAAAGUGUCAGCUCCACAUCCUCCAGAGUUCAUGACGACCCAACAAUCAAAAACAAAAGGUCAUGUUCUGAUGCAGUUUGGUCUUAAAAACAAUAAAGAAAAACUCUCUAAAACAAUGGGGCCUUCUAAGAAAUCAAAAAAGAGGGAUGAUGUUAAACUACAAGAGAAAGGUGACUCCCGGCAGAAAAAAACAGAGGGAGACGGAGCAGGGAAAAUAAACAGCUCUGAAAAUAAAACUCAAACAGAAAUACUUAAUAAACCACAGGAUCAAGAACAACAAGGGUCGCAGGUAGAAGAGUCAAAAUCACAGGUGAAGUCUAGGAAAAGAAAAUUUAAAAUUCACAAACUUAGUAACAAUAGUCUGACUGAGAAAGAGGGGAUUUCAGUACCUCUACCUAAAAGAAAGAAGCAGGAAAAAAAUAAAAAGCCAAAGGCCCUUAAAAGGACAAAGAAAGAGAAUGUAAAGAAGAGCUUAAACCUGAAACUGCAGGAGAAAGAGGAAACCCCUGAGACUGUAUCUCCUAAUCAAGUCAAGGCAGAUGUCCUGCUUCUACUGAAGGGACACAAACAGCCACAGCUGAAAGUUCACAAACUGGAUGCUCCUAUAGCACAGCUAGAGCUAGUGCCUUCAUGUCCAUCCUCAGUUGCUUCCAUGGAGGAGACUAAGAAGACUCCAAUGAAACAAACAGAAGAUCAUAAAAACAAGGUAACCAAGUCCAAGAAUCCAAAAAGGCCAAUCCAGGCAUUUGUAGAGUCCCCAUCUUCACCUAAUGUCAAGAGCUCAUCCCUGCACAAAAAGGUAAAGGCAGGUCGAAAAAGAAAGACCACAAAAGCUGAUGGAAACAUAGCACCAACCUCCCAUUCCUCGAUAUGUGAUUGUGGGGCGAACUUUUCUGAUGUGUCCGCCUUACAGGAGCAUAUGGCAGCUGUCCACUCUGGUGAAACACGUGGACACUGUGGCAAUUCAAAUGGCAUACUGUCUGAGGAUCAUGUCAAGACGUCUGUAUCAAAUGAAGAACAACCUGUUUGUCCCAAAACGCUUGGUCUAGCAACAGACUGGGAUGCUGAGACAGAGAUGGUGGAAUUAGGUCUUGGGGAUAGAGAGGAAGAAAGAGUGUCUUUUCCAGCUCUCAGCCCAUCUCCAUCUCUACCUCAUGCAUCCACAUUAGUGGAAGGUGAAUGUGAGGAGGCGCAAAAAGAUGCCAACAGAGUCACCACAGAGAAACGGUUGAAAGUGUUCUCUUCUGGUUCUAAAAGAAGCAAGCCACUACAGAGAAGUGUCUGUCUAGAAUCUACUCCAAUGUGUCAGACCCCUUCACAGGAACUCUCAACAUGUUCGUCAGAGCCAGAACAGGUGACAAUCCCUAAGGUCCAAAAGAGGUCACCAAGGCCAGGCAAACAUCAGAAAGCAACAAGUGACCUUUUAGAGACUGGUGAUAAAGUGUCAGAGAUACAGGAGGUGGGUGAUAAGAUUAAGAGCAUUUGUCAGUCAGAUGGGACUGUUGAGGAAGACAUGAAAGAUGACUUGCCUCUAGAUGUUAACUUAGUCACUGUUGAAGAUGAAGAUCAGCUUGUCACCUCUCAGGACAUUGACUCAUCAGAAAGCUUUCAGAAAGAUGGUCAGAUAACUAGUGAAUUACGAGUGAUACCAAGCCAUCAGAAUUUCCCAAACUUGAAUGAGCCCAACCUUGAAUGUCCUACAAAUAAAAAGAAUCUUGAACUUGUGGUGGAUUUGAAUUCAAACAUAACUACUGCAGUGAAAGAUUCCUCCACUGACCCUCCAGAGAUCAAAGAAGAGGAUGUAGAAAUGGCAGUGCACACAGAGGAGAAGACAUCUGGACAGAACAGGAGCAAUACGACAAGAGGUAGAAAGAGGGGAGGCGGAAGAGGCAGGCGAGGAACUGGGAAGAAGAGGAACACUGGGAGAAGACCGGUAGCCAACCAGGAGUCUUUGAACGACAAUCCAGACGAAUGCCAGAUAGUCUACCAGCUCUAUCCAGUGGCUGCUGAUUCUAAUACAUCUGUGGAGGAGAAUGGGCCUCAGGUUUGCACUAAUCCUCCCAGAUCUGACAUGGCAGAAUCGCAAGAGGAUUCCUCUGAGGAGCAGGUGGUGUUUGAACUGGAGUCGGUCACUACAAGUGUCGAUAUCGUAAAAUCGGAAGGGGGACUGGACAGUCAAGACAGAACAGAGGGAAGUUCGCCAGGCAUUCUCCUAGAAAAGUUUCUCACAUCGCGAGGGAGCGGGAGCAACAAAGAUUCUAACAUGGUGGCGUGUGACUCUACGAAUGUACCAAACAACGGGGCCAGCACAGACCAUAGAACCACCACAUUGCCUUCGCUGGGGACAUCAGCGUUGUUGAAUGUUAAGGAAGAGGACCAGUCUCAACCUGUGAUGCCACCAGUGCUAUCCCUAGAGGGAGCCGAUGCCAGGACUCCUCUCAUAAGUCGCUCACUCUCUAAUGAGCAACAGCUGGGUGUGCAAAUGUUUGUGGUGAAGGAGGAGGAUCCACUCGUUUUGAAUGAGCCUCAAUUUAUUCAACAACCCACCAAUGGUAAAAAGAGUCAUCUCUGUACUAGCACACUUGCAGCCUCAGACCCACCAGUGGAGUGCAGUGUGGCAGAAAAAGCAAUUGGGGCGACCACUCGAACAGUACAUCAACCCAUUGCCAAGCAGUGUAUUUUCUUUCCAGUAAAAGAGGAGGACAGAGAGUUGCUGCUGGAUCUUCCACAGAGAGCUGAAAAUCAGAGCAACCCUGGAGUGGAAGAGUGUGAUGACAUCUGUGAGAUAUCAACCCAACAUGAAACACAAUGUGUGGACAGUGCCUUUGAAAAUGAUGAUAUGGGAGCUGACCAACACAACACUGAGGAACUUUUAAAAUUCCUUCAGCAGAGUUCUGAUAUAGAACACAGUGGAUGCAUUGAUUCAAAACCAGAAGCAGAAACCCUUGCCAUGUCCUGUUACCAUGGUAGCAGAAGCAGUGGCUCAGCAAAUCCGCCUGAUAGAUCAAGCCAGGAAGCUGAUCAUAGGAAUGAUAACAGGCUCUCUCAGAAUUGUAUUAGUUCACAAAAUGGUCAAAGGAAACCAAUUGACUACUUCACUCAGUAUUUUGACAGGAAGACGUGGCAGGAUGUUGCCAACAUCACUGCUAAAGCAUCUAUAAUGUCAAGUUCAGUCACGGCCAAAGAGGUGUCUCAGUUUGUUGGGAUCCAUAUCGCCAUGGGGACCUUACAGUUUCCUAGCACAAAGCUGUAUUGGGAGGACUACACUCGAGUUGCCCUUAUUGCUGACGCCAUGUCAUCCUCCAGAUUCUCAGAGCUUCUCUCAAAACUAAGGCUUGCAGAAGAAAGCAGUUCCACGCAGCCUCAAGGGAAAGACAAUGUUGUGUCUGCUAACAGCAGUGUACACCAGUCCAGAGAUCAUGAUUCACAAGUGUCAGAAACUGCAGAUGGACCACAUAAAACUGGACAAACAUACAGUACACAGUGUCUAUUGGAAACUGACCCACUUAAUAGAGUCCGUGUGUUGAUGGAAAAAGUUCAAAAAGCAUGUCAGGGUCUAAAGCAAGAGGGGAACCAUGGAGUCAGCCAGUACCCACUGCGGUUACUGCGAACCACAGCGAAUGUCGCCCACUCGCUACAUCAUACAGUCAUGCUGAGUACAUGUGGUUUGGUGGUGGACUUCAACUUGAGCUUGGAUGACUCUGACCGAGAAGAAACUGUUAAGCACAUGGUCCUGUCUGGUCAAAACAGUAGAGAAGGGAUGGUGUUUCUCUGCAAGCCUGAACUCUCCUCUCCCUCCAUGCUGGAGCAGCUUCUAGAGGCUGGUGUACCAAGUGCUGGUAAAGUUGGCGGGGCGAGGGGACAAGUAGGUGAUGAGUUUGUCAGCUCAGAUGGCAAACUGAAACUAUUUCGAUGUCAUCAUGGUUUCAUCCUCUCUGCUGCUGUGAAGGGACGAUCACGUUCGACAUCUCUAGUCAGUGGCUUUGAGCGGGCACUUAAAGCAGCCAAGCUCAACCGAGAUUUGCGCAAUGCUUACCGCACGCCUUGCCUAUCGUUGUCUCCCGCAGCCUGGCCACUGUCUGUUCUGUGGCACCUUACAGAUCUUGCACUGGUGAACUCUUGGCUGCAGUAUAGGGGUGACUGCUCUGAUGAACAGGAACCGUUGUCCCUCAUGGCAUUCCGACUGGAGGUCUCCAAAGCACUGAUUCUCUUAAGCAGCGCUGAUGCCCAGGAUGCAACUCCUCCCCAUCCACCGGCUCCAGAGAGACCAGAACAGGGCUCAGUUCCAGGGUCUGCCUCCGUUUUUGAGACACCGCUUCCAGACACAGCCGUACGGUACGACGGCGUGGGCCACUGGCCAGAACAAGUAGCCGAAGGAGAGGGAGCCAGGUGUCGAUUUGGGGGAUGUGAUCGGACAUCUCAAGUGCGGUGUCUGAAGUGUUGUGUGUUUCUGUGCAUCUCGCGCAAUCACAACUGCUUUCUCAAAUUCCACAGCCAAGGGACUGUAUGAGCUGGUUCUGUGUUGAUUUAGCAAUGUGUGAAUGUUUGUGUUUUAAUUUUCCGGCAUGUCUCAUACUUGUUUUGCCAUGUGCAGCCAUGUAAGGAAACAGAUGUUUUCCAUUUAACAAUGGAACAAAAAUGAAAAGGAAAAUGAAGGAAAAAGGGUUUACUCUUGUAUUUUGCAUAUAAUGAUUGAUUGAAUAGGAAUAGGUGUUUGUAAUUAUUUUAUUUAUGUAGGCCCACCGCCAAUGGUCCAUUAAUUUAUUUAUAUUUUUUAUACAUUUGUUGUGAAAAGAGCCAUAAGGUCUGAAUGUGUUUUUGAAUGUUCAAGAAAAAUGUGUUUCCUGUGACUACAGCACAAUAUUGUGAAAUUAAAUAAUUAUGU